CUAUUUCUUAUUCCAUUAUUCUGCCCCCAAAAUUCCCCAAAAAACUCAUCGUCCCCAAUCCCGUGAGAGUUCUAAUUUGACCUCAGCGACCACAUAGAGAUCGCGACCAUGGCGCCCCCCGCGACGAGCUCGGGCCUCUUCACCUUCCUCAAGCCGCGCCUCCGCCCCCAGUCGACCGACGUCGCCGCCGCCGCCACCUGGGGCGUCGCCGCCACCGCAUCCGCCCUCUGGCUCAUCCAGCCUUUCGAUUGGUUGAAGAAGACUUUCUUUGAAAAACCAGAACCUGAGGCAUGAAUUUUAUCUGGGCAUGGUGGAGUACCAAACUUUCUGCUAAACUAGAAGUGUCAUUUUUUUGAGAGUAAAGAAAAGAGAAUGCUGAAUGAACUGAAUAAUGAUGCACUCUGUUUUGUUCAUACAUCAAUUACUAUGAAUCUCUCAUGCAGGGUUGUCUUGCAUGUAGAUCUUGUUCUCUGUUUUUCGACGAGUUACUAAUCAUCUUAUUUGUGAAGAAUGAGAUGUUUUUGAGUUUUUUUCUAGUUGAAUUGUUACGACAAUAAUUGGUUCAAAGACAUCUUCUGAUCUGCUCAGCAUAAACUCUGAGUUGCUACAUCUUCAGCAUGAAUCUUGAGUUGCUAUUUCUCGUUCUGAGAAAACUGAAGUCUACAGAACGCUUGUUCAUAUCGUAGAGUCAUACAUAAAUAGUAAUAUCGUUUAAUGUGAUUUUGUUGAAA